AUGAUAGGCGUACAUCCGGCAGAUGCUGCUCGAGAGGCCGCUGGCUUCACCGGGCGGUUCACGGCUGGCUUGCGUUACGUGGAGAGCACGCACGUGCCUAACCCUGUCCUGCUCUCCGACCCCUUAGCCGGGGUGCUUGCGGGCGAUCGUGGAUUGGAACUUGCCAAAAAAGAGCUUCAUCAGUUAGUCGACGCACAGGGCCCGGGCAAGCACCUCCGUGUUCCAGCCCGCAGCCGCCUCAUCGAUGACAUGAUUACCCAGGAAAUCUCAGGGUUGCGGCUGCGGAAGAAAGAACAAGAGAAACAGCAGAAACUCCGGGAGAACGGCUCCACGCAAGGUGCAUUUGGACGAGCAGGAUUCGGCGCUACAAGCCUUUCUGGAUCUUCUGGGUCAGAACCUGGAUCCAGAUCCAGAAAUGAAUCCGGUUCCGGAGCUUCCAGGUCUUUCGAAAGCUGGGAUUGUGACAAGGGCGUUGUUUGCCAGGUGGCCAAGGUGGCACUGCUUGCGGAGGCAGGUGCGCAGUGCACCCCUAGCAGCGAUGACACCAGCACGGUAGGUUUUUCAUUAGGAAGUUGUCGACAGCAGCAGGAAGAGCAACAGCUGGAGCAGCACCAGCACCAGCACCAGCACCAGCAGCGUGAUGGUGGGUGCAACUCGCCAACAUCAGCUGCAACGUCUAGCAGCAGUGCUUUAGCGCCAACCGUGGCCGCUGGUGGCCUGCUCAACGAAUCCCACCACAGUCAUGGGGAUGAGCAACAAUCCUUUGCAAAUAACACAGUAGAACAGCGACUCCAGCCCCUGGAGCAGCAGCAACACCAGCAGCAACACCAGCAGCGACACCAGCAGCAUGUCUUUCCACUUCAGGCUGCCAGCUAUGCAUGCAUCGGCGCCGAUUUGUCCACCCGUACCCCGACCUCGCUCUCAACGGCGCUGACCAGCCACGGCUUCACCACCUCCAUCCCGACGAUCUGGGUCCUGGAGGCGCUGCUGUACUACAUGCCUCUGGCGGCGGCUUCGGAGCUCCUUUCUCAGCUAGCGGCGCUAUCGGCUCCCGGAAGCCGGCUUAUCGCUACGUGCGUUGACCAGGAGCUGCUGGAGGCUAGCCUGCGAGGGGUACCGAAGGACCAUGUAUUUGCAGAUUUGUGGCAUUUUGAAGCAGGAGCACUGCUGUACGACACACCUGCAUUCCGGGAGUGCUGGCAAGUCGACUGGGUCGGGCAGCCCGAGCAGCAAGAGGAGGAGGUGGCGGCGGCGGCGGCUGCCGGUCCAGCAGGAGUUGGUGGCGGCGGCGGCGCAGCGGGGCGCGCCACCUGCCUGUCUGACCGGCCUCUGCCAGCGAGCACGCGGCGCCUGGCCAAAGAACGUUUGGGCGCGGACACGUACGUCGCCCUGUACGGCGGCAGUGAGCUGCUUUUCGCGGCCAAGCUGCGGCAGCAGUAUCAGUCGUAA